AGUUAGCAUUAAGCUAAGCUAGUCCUCCAUCAUUGAAACCAGCGGAGAGUAUUAAUAAACUGAGCCGCCUCUGGUUCUUAUGGUGGCUUUUACUGACCUUCAACGCGGUGUUUAAGCGGUUAUCAUCCCGGGUGUUCCCGGCUUGGUUUGUAAGCGUGCCGGUUUGUCUUUGUGGAGAACUUCAUUAGAGGUGAAGUGAGGCGGCGUCAUGGCAGAGGGAGCGGACUGCGGCUCAGUCAACGCCGCGAAGAGGAAACAACUAGCGGGGAGGAAGAGCCGGCAGAGCCAGCAGAAGAAGACCUCCAGCAGCCGGGUGAGCUUGGAAAAAGUUCUGGGUAUCACCACGGCCAGCAGCAGUGGUUUGACCUGUGACCCCAACUCUGGGCUCAUCGCCUACCCUGCAGGGUGUGUCAUUGUGCUGCUUCACCCGAAGAGGAACAAACAGAGCCACAUCAUCAACUCGUCCAGAAAACCCUUCAGUGCUCUGGCUUUCUCCCAUGAUGGAAAAUACCUGGUCACUGGUGAGGUAAGACAUCUCCCGUGUUUGUCGUGCUGGGAUGUUUCUAGUUCUCAUAAAUACGGAGUUUCCUGUGUGGCGUUCUCCACCAACAGCUGUUACAUCGUCUCCGUGGGAUACCAACAUGACAUGACUGUCAGUGUGUGGGACUGGAGGAAAGGUUCGAUCAUCGCUUCCAACAAGGUGUCCAGCAGAGUUUUCGCUGUCUCCUUCUCUCAGGACAACAGCUACUUUGUCACCGCAGGAAACAGACACGUCAAGUUCUGGUACCUGGACGCAUCCAAAGAACGACGGGUGAACAGUACGGUGCCUCUGAUUGGUCGGUCAGGGUUGCUAGGCGACCAUAAAAACAGCGUGUUCAGUGGGGUGACAUGUGGCCGUGGCCUCAUGGCGUCAAGCACCUAUUGCAUCACCAGCUCUGGCCUGCUGUGUCUUUUCAACAGCAGCCGACAGUUGGAGGCCUGGGUCAACCUCAAGACAUCGUCGGCCAGUUGUCUGGCCGUGAGUGAGGACUUUAUCUUCUGUGGUUGUGCUGACGGUCUCAUCAGAGUGUUCAGUCCAUCCAACCUGCAGUACAUCACCACCCUGCACCGACCUCACCGGCUGGGCGUCGACCUCACUCAGAGUGCACAGCACGGCCUGUUACCUGCCAAUCCAGGUGCUCAGUACCCUGACACACUGGCUCUGACCUUUGACCCCACUGCCAAACACCUGACCUGCGUGUACAACGACCACAGUCUGUAUGUGUGGGAUGUUAAAGACGUGAGGAACGUGGGGAAACUGUACUCGGCCCUGUACCACAGCAGCUGUGUGUGGAGCGCAGAGGUGUAUCCAGAGCUGUCAGACGUGUCUCAGGCCUGUCUGCCUCCAUCCUCCUUCCUCACCUGCUCGUCUGAUAACACCAUCAGACUGUGGCACACUGACCCCCCCACCAUACACAGGAACCUCUACAGCAACGACCUGCUGAAGAUUUUGUAUGUUGGGGAGAACACACAGCACCUGCUGGCAGAGGGGGAGAGGGGGGAGGCAGCAGGGGCUGAUGGGAAGGCUGGGAUCAGAGUGCUAGGUAUCAGCCCUGAUGGACAACACCUGGCAGCUGGAGACCGCUGCGGAAACCUGCGGAUCUUUGGUCUGGAGUUUCUGGAUGAGUUGGUGAAGAUAGAGGCGCAUGACUCUGAGGUGUUGUGUCUGGAGUUCUCACCCACAUCCACAGGUGUGAAGCUGUUGGCGUCGGCCAGUAGGGAUCGACUAAUCCACAUCUUCAACCUGGAGAAGAACUACAGUCUGGAACAGACUCUGAACGACCACUCGGCCUCCAUCACUGCUGUCAAGUUCGCAGGUGAGAGUCCAGAGGUUCGAAUGGUGAGCUGUGGAGCUGACAAGAGCAUCUACUUCCAGACAGCUGAGCAGACAGAGGAGGGUCUGUCAUUCUCCAGGAGCCACCACUUGGUAGAGAAGACAACGCUGUACGACAUGGACCUGGACUCCUCAAGGACACACGUCGCCAUCGCCUGUCAGGACCGAAACGUCAGGGUUUACAACGUGGAAACUGGGAAGCUGAAGAAGUGUUUGAAAGGCUCCUCCAGUGAUGAAGGAGCUCUGCUCAAGGUUCAGAUGGAUGUGUCUGGGAGUUUCUUUGCCACUAGCUGCUCUGAUAAAAACAUCAGCAUCUUCGAUUACGAGUCAGGAGAGUGUGUCGCCACCCUCUUUGGACAUUCAGAGAUCGUCACCUGUAUGAGGUUCAGCCAGGACUGCAGACACCUCAUCACUGCCUCAGGAGACAGUUGCGUGUUAGUGUGGAUGCUAGACUCUCAGAUGACAGCCACUAUGAGGAAGAGGCGGGGUCUCAGACUGAAAGGUGCACCUGAAACCUGCAGCCGCAAACAGCUGGACAUCAGGAGGGAGACCUUCAUCACUGUUCCCUCCUCUCAGAUGGAGGAGGAGGAGGAGGAGGAGGAGGGAGAGGCGGGCCUCGGUACUCCAGCCAGACUGCAGUCUGCUCACGAGGCUCAGCUGCUUCAGACCAAUGGAAAACUUCCUAUGUGGUUCAGAAAACUGCAGGGUGAGGGUGGAGCCUCGUCGAUCGUUCAAUCAGAUACUGAGCCUCGUCAGGUACGGAGUCGGUGGACGGAGCAGCUGAACCCUCUGACUAUCUGCUCCAACUUCUCCCCAAGUCCCACCAAGGAAGAAGAAGAAGAGCAGAGGGACGAGGAGGAGGACGAAGACUUCCACCCUCAGAGUCUGGAGAGUAUGCUGGGGGAGGGAGAGGAAAAGGAGGUGCUGCAGACUGCAGGUGAGGACAGGAGCAGCUACAUCCUCUACCCCAAUACAACCACUGACAGGGAGUUUGAUGUUGAAGCUGUGACUGACCCUCGGCGGUCUCUGACCCAGCUGGAGGUCAGAGGUCAGGGGGCGGAGCCAGUGUGGAGUACUCAGCUGAGUCCAGACUCUGCCUGCUCUGAGGGGUCUGCAGGAAGUCAGGAACAGCAGCAUGAUGCUGACACAGACUCUCUGAGUCAGGGCAGCUCUGUGGGCUCUUUGGGUCUGGAGGACGACGAGGACAGAAACUCUCUGAAGAACCACUUUGAUACUCUGGCCUCCAGUCUGAACGAAGAGAGGUUUGACACUGACCUGAGGACUCUGCAGCCUCCGGAGGAAAAACACUUCCUGAACCCUCGACUUAGCAUCUCCACCCGCUUCCUAUCCCGCUUCCAGGACAGAAUCAGGGUGUGGCCAAGUCGAACUCCAGCCCCCGUAUCCAUCCCGACCAGGAUCUCAGAGGAGAAUGACAUCAGCAACACAUCGAUGAACUUGGAGUCGAGCAGCAACGUGAGAUCAGCAGAGUCGACUCAGAAAGAAAGCAGCAGCGGCGGUGGUGGUGGUGACGUCAGCUCCAGGGCACUGACAGCCCACAACAGCAGCGUGAUGUCUGCAGUCCAGCAAGGGCCGCUGCGGCUCGGAUACCUGGGAACCACAGCCAGCUCCAGGGCCAAAGUGAGCCAGGACCCCUCCACCUCCGUGGAGGACGACAAGGAAAAUCUGUCGUCCUCUUCAGAACCCCAGCCUCCUGCCCCCCUGCUGGCUGAAUCUGACCCCCUUCAGGAACAGACCAGCAGUGUCGCUCUAUCGUAUCAGAGCUCUCAGCUCUGUGUACCUGCAGCGAGCCCUCAGGUGUUGACCACACCCACUGAGGCGAUGUCACCGGGUCGAGUUGGGAGGUUGCGCACCAGCAGCGUCGAGGAGACGCCAACCAAUCAAAACCAAACGCUAACCACCUCGGCCUCGGACAUCACCACCUGCUCCACCUCCAGGCAGGCGGACAGUCCAGGACAGACCAAGACUAGAAUGCAAACUGAUACAGGAGCAGGUGAUGAUGAUGACGAGUCUCUCAGUCUGCAGCAGUGUCAGCAGGUCGCCAACGAGCUGAGACAGACGGCGAGACGAGCCAUACACCUGUACCAACAGCUCGGUGCAUCGCCCAGCGCUGCAGAGCGGCGUCUUCAGAUGUUGUCCGUCCUGCAGGAGGCUGUUGAUUUUGUUCACACUGAGCUGCAGGUCGUCCUGCAGGGAGAUGGGCGGGGCAGCAGCAUCCCCUCUGCUGAACUGGGGGAUGACAGGACGAUGUCUCUGCUGGAGAAAUACUCGGAGCUGCUGGUUCAGAUGACCCAGAAAAAACUGAACCAAACCUGAUCCAAGACCAAGGAGUCUUGUGUAUGUGUAUGGAGGCUGAGAGAGGACAAAAUUCACAUCAUCAACGUAAACCUGAGUGACAGAGUGCUGCUGUUCAUUCAGCGUCAAUUAACAACUGAUUCAACAACUGACAGAUUUUAAAACAUCAGUAUUAAAUUUUAAAGCACCUUAUGUUUAUGUUUUAUGGCAGAGAACUGUUUUGAGUUUUAAAUCACUGUGUUUGUACAUAAACAGCAGCUUUAUAUGUUUCUUAAUAAAUGUUUAAUAUCUCA